UGGGCCGGAACCAAUGAGGGAGGGGGAGGACGCGUGCGGUACCCGGAGCAGCCUUGAGCAGUGCCCAGCCCUGCUUCUCCUGAGUGCUGCCUAGGAAAGUGAUAAUGAUUACAAUCAUGAACAACUCGGACAGCGAGGAGGAGCCCUGCAAUGAAAGAACAUCCCUGAUGUCUGCAGAGAGCCCUCCGGUGCCCUCCUACCAGGAUCGCCUGCAAGCCUCAGAAGCAGGGAAAUUUCAGGCACAUAGGAAGAGGCGAACAGGUGGCAGCCGCAGUCCUAACAAUGUUGCUGAUGAGGAUGUGUCUGAAGCGCGUUUUCCAGUAGGACAAAGCACUUUGGAUGAUGAAGAAGAGGAAUUGACUCUGAAAUAUGGAGCAAAGCAUGUAAUCAUGCUUUUUGUGCCUGUCACCCUUUGUAUGAUUGUUGUCGUCGCCACCAUAAAGUCAGUGCACUUCUAUACGGAGAAAAACGGGCAGCUGAUCUACACCCCUUUCAGUGAGGAUACCCCAUCUGUGGGCCAGCGUCUCUUGAACUCAGUGUUGAACACCAUCAUAAUGAUCAGCGUCAUCAUUGUAAUGACUUUGUUUCUAGUGGUGCUCUAUAAAUAUCGCUGCUACAAGUUCAUCCAUGGCUGGCUGAUCCUGUCCUCUUUGAUGCUGCUCUUCCUCUUUACCUACAUAUAUCUUGGUGAAGUACUGAAGACAUACAACGUGGCCAUGGAUUACCCAACUCUGUUCUUAAUCAUCUGGAAUUUUGGAGCUGUUGGAAUGAUUUGCAUACACUGGAAAGGUCCCUUGAAGCUCCAACAAGCAUAUCUCAUUAUGAUCAGUGCUCUAAUGGCACUGGUUUUUAUUAAAUAUCUACCUGAGUGGUCAGCAUGGGUGAUUCUAGGUGCAGUCUCCAUCUAUGAUCUGAUGGCUGUUCUUUGUCCCAAGGGGCCACUGAGAUUGCUGGUAGAAACUGCACAGGAGAGAAAUGAACCCAUUUUUCCUGCAUUAAUAUAUUCCUCUGCUAUGAUGUGGACAGUUGGAAUGGUAAAGCCAGACACAGCAGCAAGAGGACCAAGUCAGCAGAUUCAGGAUGCAGCUGAGGAUGGGAGAGAGAACCACUGGAGCCCUUCGCAUGCAGACUCUCAUGUAUCAGAGAUGAGGAAUCCUGUUCCAACCGGCCCCAUCACUUCUUUUGAGGAGCUCAAGGAGGAGGAAAGGGGUGUGAAAUUGGGCCUUGGAGACUUCAUAUUUUACAGUGUGCUUGUUGGAAAAGCAGCGGCCACAGCUAGUGGGGACUGGAAUACUACACUGGCCUGCUUUGUAGCCAUUCUCAUAGGUUUAUGCUUAACUCUUUUAUUACUGGCUGUUUUUAAGAAAGCACUGCCUGCCCUUCCCAUCUCCAUCACCUUUGGUUUGAUCUUCUACUUUUCAACAGACAACAUUGUGCGACCGUUCAUGGACACGCUGGCGUCCCACCAGCUGUAUAUUUAGAAGUGGGUGUUAGAGAUUUGUUUCAAAACUUUGCUGUGAAGUAUGGUGCACUGUUUGGAAUAAUUCAUAAAGUUCUACACUUAGUGCCAUAUAUUUGUAAGGAAAACACUAACUCUCUGAUAUUACUUUUUAGUGUAAAUCUAAUAGUAACAUAUUGAACUGAGAUUUUUCUUGGGACUCUCAGGACUCUGGUGAGAUGCCUGGCUCGUUGCCAACGUCAGGAUUGUUAUUUGUUGUGCACACUGGCUAUUUUGAGCACAGCAACCUUUAUUAGCAUGUGACACUGUAGAGGUGAAGGGUCCAAAAGCUCAGGUGUUUUAGCUUUGGAAUGUCAGACAGGUUUAACUGUAUUCUAGAACUGCUGACACUUCACGUUUCUGAAGUGUUGUGCAAACACGAGGUGCGAGGAAGUCAUACUUGCUUAGAAAAGCAUUGCAGUCAGCAUGCACAGAACAGAGCAGUGCAUUACACCUGCUUGUGACCAUUAGAGGAGUGAGGCCUCUGUGCGGAAAACUCCUGUUGAAGUUGCCACAAAUGCUGAUUUAUUCUGACCUUAGUUAGUGAGCCAUAAUGGACCUCAGAGGAUGUCAGUGAUGAGACAUACAAACUUCAGGGUUCUGGUUCUGAGCCGCAUCCACCACUGCAGCUGACAGCUGAUGAAGGCAGAGCUGCCUGUUUAGGCACGUGAGAUCCUCAGCAUGG